AUUAGAGACGGAAAAAGUGAGUGGUUCCAACAUCACUCCUGUCCCACCCACAUGCAUUAGUUUAAAUGCUGCGGGUCUCUUUUUAAAUGAUAGCCUAUAACUUUUUCUGAGCUCAAACUUUCUGCCACAAUAUCGACCAUGACAAAGAUUUCCUCUGAGAUGAACACCAAGCUCAGGUGUCUUUGGAUAGCAGGACACCUUUUCUCCGAUAUCGGGACAUUCUUGAUAUAGUCAGGUGUUCAUGUUUCCAACGACACGAUCAGUUGACAUUAACAUUGUCAUCCUUGUCGCCUGACUCCUGCAAUUAAAACAUCAACUCCAUUGAAAGUGACCAGGUAGAUUAAUUUAGUAUUUGUUUUUAUAUAAAAUCUAAAACUUUUACAUUAAUCUGACAUCCAGUAAAAUGAAAUUUUUAUUUGUAUAGCGCUGUACUUCAGUGCAUUGAAGAAAUGUUGCACAAGGAUAACGAACGGUCUGCUAAACAGAUUCAAAACGAGCUUUAGAUCAGACUGCAAUUGAAAUGAUCAAUUCACACUAUUAGAAGGUCAGUAAAGAAAUUUGGAUUGAAGUAUGGCAAAGCUCGGUAAACAUCUAUAAUAAUUUUAGCAACUAUACAUUAUAUUUUAUAUGUAACACAUUUAUCUAUAUAUUUAUUUUUUUUGUUUGUUUGUUUAGUACAGACCCUAUGAUUUGAGACACCAACAAAGCCCUGCGUCAUAGCCAAGCUCAGCAGUGGAUGGCUGUCAAAGAGACCUUUGACAAUUUAAUCUUUGUUGACGAAACAGCUGUGGCUUUGGAGUGCUUUGCUUUAAUGUGCUAGAAAAAAAGUGGUCAGCAUGUAGCGAAACCUUAGACCAAACAUCCUGUAAAACUUCAUGUUUCGGGGACCAUAUCCCGCCAGAGACCAGGACUUAUAGUUGUCUUUGAAGGUUAGUUCAAUAUAAUGUACAGCACAUUUUACCCAGCAAGAUACAGUAGCUGAAUUGUUGAGUAAUAUGACUUCUUAAAAUUUAGACUAACUAUAAAUUUACAGGAAUUAUGGACCUUCAUUAUCACGAAGAAAGCAUAAUAAAGUCUGCGCUGGCGCCAUACAUUCAACAACACUUUAAAGAACCUUAUCGCUUCUUCCAAGUUUCUGACCCAAAGCAUACAGCGGCGAGACAGUUUAUUGCUGAGGCGGGGAUCAACUGGGUGAAAAAACCAGCCGAGUCUCCUGAUCUCAACCCGAUAGAGAUAGUUUGGCAUGCGCUGAGUUUGUCAGACGUUAGGCUAAGCCACAGGACAAAGAUGAGCUUCUUCAGGCCAUUUUGACUUUCUGGAGAGAUCGACCAAAGUUGCAUGCAAUAAAUAUAUUGAUCAUCUUCAGAAGGUUUUGCCGGUGGUGAUACAGCGCAACGGGGGUGCUACUGGGAUGCAAAAAUUGGAGGAGGUGAAGGAUCUCUGGACAGGCUUCUCCCAUCUGUCAAUACAGGUCUUUCACCACGCAAACGAACCACCAGCCAAUGCAAAUCAGAACCUCCUCUGCUGCGCACAAGCAAGAGAACCAUCUACACAGCAGGCCGUCCACCCUGGUAUAAUGAACAUGGCACCCAAUCUAAAGAUGCGUUUGUUAUUGGUCUUUGCGGAGGAAGUGCUUCUGGUAAAACUACGGUAGCCAGGAAGAUAAUUGAAGCUUUGGAUGUUCCUUGGGUUGUGCUCCUUUCAAUGGACUCCUUUUACAAAGUGCUUUCAGAUGAAGAACAGUUGCUAGCUGCAAACAAUGACUAUAAUUUUGACCACCCAGAUGCGUUUGACUUUCACCUCCUUGUCUACACACUCCGAAAACUUAAACAAGGCAAGAGUGUCAAGAUCCCAGUGUAUGACUUCAAUACACAUGGCCGUCAAAAAGAGUGGAAAACUGUGUAUGGUGCCAGUGUCAUUAUAUUUGAAGGAAUCAUGUCUUUUGCAGAUAAAGAAUUGUUGAAGUUGUUGGACAUGAAAAUAUUUGUGGAUACAGAUUCUGACAUACGGCUGGUUCGGAGGCUUAGGAGGGACAUUUCUGAAAGAGGCCGAGACAUUGAAGGAGUUAUCAAACAGUAUAACAAAUUUGUAAAGCCUGCCUUUGAGCAAUAUAUAGAGCCGACCAUGAGACUAGCAGAUAUUGUUGUGCCACGAGGUGGUGGAAAUAUGGUGGCUAUCGAUCUGAUUGUUCAGCAUGUGCACAGUCAGUUGGAAGAGAGGAAACUCCGCUGGGAUAUGGCGGCACUCGCCUCUGCUCAUCAAGCUCAGCCCCUACCCCAAACGCUGUGUGUUUUGGAAAGCACGCCGCAGGUCCGCGGUAUGCACACCAUUAUCAGGAAUAAAGAGACAAGCAGAGAUGAGUUCAUCUUUUACUCUAAAAGACUGAUGAGACUUCUCAUUGAGAGAGCACUCGCUUUCCUUCCAUCUCAGGUUCGAGUUAUUCAUACCCCACAAGGCCAGGACUAUGAAGGAAGAAGCUUUCAAGGGAAGAGGGUCACAGGAGUGUCAAUCCUUAGAGCAGGAGAAACUAUGGAGCCUGCACUCAGAGCUGUUUGCAAGGAUGUCCGUAUUGGCAAGAUUCUAAUCCAGACCAAUCAGGACACAGGAGAGCCUGAGUUGCAUUACUUGCGUCUGCCUAAAGAUAUUAGCGAGGACCAUGUAAUCCUUAUGGACUGUACUGUUUCCACUGGUGCUGCGGCCAUGAUGGCCGUACGAGUCUUGCUGGACCAUGAUGUACAGGAGGAUAAAAUUCUGUUGGUCUCACUGCUGAUGGCUGAGAUGGGGGUUCACUCGGUAGCCUAUGCUUUUCCCCAAGUCAAAAUAAUCACCACUGCUGUUGACAAAAAGGUCAAUGACCUUUUUCACAUUAUUCCUGGCAUAGGGAACUUUGGGGAUCGAUAUUUUGGCACUGAUGCACCACCUGAUUGGAGUGACGAAGACAUGGAUGAGCCCUGCUGUUGAUAACUACACUGAUCCUGCUAAACUUGAGCCAUGUGGACAGGACUAAACACUCGAUGCACUGUAGACCUAAUUUAUCUGAUUUUUAAAAUAUAUAUCACAAGCAGUUGUCAGAUUGUUGUUGAACAUAUUGUUGCUAAAAAUACAGCAUUUCAAAGUUUUUUAAAUGUCAAAAUGUAUUUAAGAACAUUAAUAUGUGAACUAAAAAAUCUGUGGUAUUGUUUCCUGACAAUUUUAGAACAUGAUUGUUGACAAUAAAACAAUAUGAAUGUUU